UAAUGCCAGCCUACAAAAAUAAUUUGGAAGUCCUUAUAAAACAAGAUUCCAAAUAAGGUAUGGGUCUAAUAGAUCAUGAAUAAAGUGACACUUUUUAGAUGUGGAAAUUUCGAGGUGGGUCGACAAUUAUUUAUGAAGAAAGUAUAAUCUCUUCAUAUGGCAGAUUAAGUUUACUUUGAGAGUAAUGAUACAUAGACUAAUAAAAAGAUAUUGCUGAAGGUGAAUAAAUAAAGUAAGUUGUUUUAUAAAGAAUUCAAAUAGCAAAUCAAUAUGAAAUCAUGUUAUCUGUGACUCAACCUACAUUUAUUGUUGUCAAAGACAUUAAAUCAGUAAAUGGAUCUGAAUAUCCAAUUGUAGCCAAUUCAAUUAUUCGUUUAGGAAGAGUGUAUAUGUGUUUACUCAUUUCUGUUAGUGAAUACAGAGUAAUUGAAGAGAGAAAUAAACAGAUGCAAAUUAUACAUGCUCCAAUUAAGAAUUAAGAUUGUUAACAAAUAAAUGAUAUCAAUAAAAUAUAUUAAUGCAGAUUUUGUUUCAUGGAAGGCAAUUAGAAUAGGGAUUAAUUAUUUUUGACUAAUAUUUGUAAAUGUGUUGGAAAUAGUUAAGCAGUACAUUUAGAAUGUAUGCGUUAUUGGGUUGAUUCUAAUAUCACUCGUGAAGAGACUCAAUUUGGAUUAUCAUUAAAAUGGUAAAACAUAAAAAUAAUUAAAAUAGGAAGAAACAACAUGAAUGUACAAUUUGCAAAGAGAGUUUACCAAUAAGAGUUCAAUUUGAGAAUGAAUAUUUCGAUCUAUUCACUCUUGAAAGACCAGAAUUAUAAUAUAUUUUAGUUGAAGUAAUCCAAUAUCUCUAAAUAUAUAGAAUGUAAAUAGAGAGAAGAAUGUUUGUUGUGAAAUCUAUUUGAUACAUGCUCUUUUGUAAGACAAUAUUAAAUUAGUAAUUAUUUAAUUAGCUAUUUUUAUUUAAGGGUAGAGGAUUCCAAUGUGAUAUCAAAGCAUAGGAUAUAACUGUAUCUCGACAUCAUGCAACAAUAAAGUUAUCUAAAAAUAAUUUUGUAAUUGAGGAUAAUAAAAGCAGAUUUGGAACUUUGGUUUCAAUGAAUUAAAAAUGUGAAAUUGAUUGUGCUGCUUGUGGUUUUUAGAUAGGCAAAUUACUGAUCAAUCUUAUUUAACAAGAUUAUAUACUUAAAGGUAUUUGUAUUAUAAUAAUUAUUAUAGGAGCACCAUCAACUUAACAUAAAUUAACUUAAUUACCAUAAAUUAGUAAAUAAUUAGAAGAAGAUGAACCAUAAAUGGAUGAUGAUUCAUUUCAACUAGAAAAUAAAUGA